AUGGCCCGGAUGCUGAUACGAGCGAACACGGUCUUCUUCCAGCGGUCCACGAUGGCACUGGUCUUUGUUGCGCUGUUGCUGAAUGUCCUGCAUGUCUCCGCAGCGGCCCAAGGAGAUGAGGACGACAAUGUGGAGGAAAGCAAUUCGUACAUACUUGAUAAAGAUUUGCCGAAGUUUGGAGAGCCUAUCCAAAAUCUGACCGUGCCGGUCGGCCGAGAAGCAGUCCUCACGUGUGUCAUCAACAAUCUGCAGACGUACAAGGUCGCGUGGCUCCGAGUGGAUACUCAAACGAUCCUGACAAUCCAAACGCACGUCAUCACCAAAAACCAUCGGAUGACCAUCGCUCACGUGGAGGGACGGGCUUGGGUGCUGCGCAUCCGCGACGUGAAGGAGUCGGACAAGGGUUGGUACAUGUGCCAGGUCAAUACGGACCCGAUGCGAAAUCAAAUCGGUUACCUGAAUGUUGUCGUUCCACCGAACAUAUUGGACUAUCCCACCAGCACCGACAUGGUAGUGCGCGAGGGAAGCAACGUUACAUUAAAAUGUGCCGCUUCCGGUUCCCCAACACCUUCCAUUAUGUGGCGCCGCGAGGGCAACGAGCCGAUCAGCGCAGGAGCGACCAGCCUGAACAGCUCCACCUUUUCCAUUUCGCGGGUUAAUCGACUGCAUAUGGGGGCCUACUUGUGCAUCGCGUCGAACGGCAUCCCUCCAUCGGUCAGCAAGCGCGUCAUGUUGAUUGUUCACUUUCCACCAAUGAUAUGGAUCCAGGAUCAGCUGGUCGGGGCAGCGCUCGGCCAGCGUUUGACUCUCGAAUGCCAAUCGGAAGCUUACCCACGGUCAAUCAAUUACUGGAUGAAGAACGACACCAUCAUAACACAAGGCAAACACUUCGAACCGUCGAUCAAGGAAAUCAACAGCUACAAGGUGGUGAUGAAGCUCACUAUUAAGGACAUCGACAUCGGUGACUUCGGGACGUACAAAUGUGUCGUAAAGAACUCGCUCGGCGAAACGGAUGGCUCUAUUAAAGUGUACCACAUUCCUUCGACGACGGCGCUAGCGACCAGUCCACCGGUCACGACAACAGUUGCAACAACGACCGAGGCAGCCUACAGGAAGAAUUACAAAAAUAAAAUUUAUCGUCAGUCGGUGGACGAUUUGUCAGCGUCGUCCAAUAAGAUUCUGGGCCCUGGAGAAAGUUCCGAGCUGUGGAACAUCGAUGGAACCAUGGAGAAAGAUCGCGAUCAUCGGUACAGGGACAAUGCGGCCAGUUUCAGCGAGGACCAGCGUGAAAAGGAAGCAUUCGUCGAUAACGAAGCAAACUCCGGGACCGGCCAGCCUCCAGGCGCUGCAGGGGCCAUUUUGUUGAUCGUCAUAUGUUAUACGUUAGCAGUUGGUACAAUCACUCGAAGGUGAUUGCAAUAUUAUUAGAGGUAUUAGUUAUGAGCUGCUCUAAAGCGGAAGGCUGCAGUCGCGAAAUCAUUAUUCAAAGAUUAACUCUAGACAAUUCGCAAUGCGAGAAGGCAGAGGAAUUAGGCCAAAAGAUUUAACAAAACGAUUGUGCACUACAGUUCGGGGGAAAAAUAUAAAAGUGUGAAUGAUAAAUCUAUACCAAGUACGAAAUUGUAAAGCAGCUUGGAAGGUUACGUUGAAAUCAAAUAAUGUAAUAAAGUUUUUUUUGUAAUAAAA